UGAUCACGUAUACGUUGGCUUUGGAAGUGUUCUUGGGAAUCUCGUUCUCUUCUUCCACGGUUAUUCCCUCACCUCCAAAUGGAUUUCAGGUUACUGCCAAUCUGACUCACACCCACAACAGUCCUCUGAACUGUCUUUGAUAACCUCGACAGCUCAUUCGACAUUGUCCCAUCAGGAUCCGUUGGAAGACAACAUGGAGCGAGUGUUCUUCUGGGUGACUAUUGCCCUGAUGGCUGCAGCUGCAUCUUGUGUGCAAGCGCAUCCGGAUGUAUGCUUAUCAAGUCCUUGCCAGAAUGGAGGAACAUGUGAUGCUCAAUCUGGUUCAUAUUCCUGUGAUUGUCGUCCAGGGUAUGAGGGUGUCAAUUGUGAACGUGACACGAAUUUCACAGCUUGCAGGAAUAGUACUUGUGAAGGAAUGUCGACUUGUGUCGCCGUGAAUGAUACCGUGUACUAUUGUAUUUGUCCUCCUGGCGUCUAUGACACCUAUUGCGAAUAUGGUGUUCCAGUGACUACUACACCAGAUCCGUGCUUAUCAUCACCGUGUCUUAAUAAUGCGGUGUGUGUUAGGGAAGCACAAACAUUCCAUUGUGAGUGCGCGGACCAAUAUUAUGGAAGGUACUGCCAGUAUCAUGGUAAUGACCCGUGCCUAUACCUAUACUUCACUUGUUUCAACGGGGGAUCCUGUGUAACUCCAAAUGGACAAGCAAUCUGCUCUUGUCCACCGGGAUAUUCUGGGACUUACUGCGAAGAAGUAACCGGUACUGAACAUCCAUGCGACAGCGCACCUUGUCUGAAUGGAGGAAGUUGCACGGAGUAUGGAUAUUCUUCGUAUUCUUCGUAUAUGUGUUUAUGUCCAGAGGACUACUACGGACCAAACUGCGGAAUUUACUUAUCAGACCCCUGUGAGUCCUACUUCUGUUAUAAUGGGGGAGAAUGCAGCGCAACGUUUGGAGUACCAUCAUGUACCUGUCCUUAUGGAUUUUAUGGAGAGUUCUGUGAACAAGGUAACGAAGACUCGUGUUCAAGUGCACCAUGCCUGAAUGGAGGAUCAUGUUAUCAGUCGUCUCUCCUCGGGGGUACAUACAUUUGCAUAUGUCAGGAAAUGUACCACGGUGAUCACUGUGAAAUCUCCGGUCCCGACCUAUGUAACGGAUACAUAUGCGAGAACGAAGGGACCUGUGUGAACCCUGACUAUUACGAUCCUCUUGCGGCCACCGCACCGUAUUGCUUGUGUUCACCUGGCUUCACUGGUCCUCAAUGCGAAGAUGAAAUAAAUGGAGUUCAAUGCGGCGAUGAUGUAUGCUAUAAUGGCGGAUCCUGCGUUGUGUCGUAUGGAGGAGGGGCCUACUGUAAAUGUGCUCAUGGAUUCUUUGGCCGACAGUGCGAACAAGGUACUUGCGAUACUUACUGCUUCAAUGGCGGUACCUGUCAAAUGCAGCCCGCUGGUCCAACCUGUGUUUGUAGACCUGGAUUCUUUGGAGAAGGGUGUCAACAUUCUUCCGAUCCUUGCCACGGCUUCCCUUGUCAUAACGGUGGUAGCUGCAUUGCUCCAGCAGACGCUCCGAUGUGCAUCUGCCAAACAGGAUUUACAGGGGAGUACUGUGAGCAAGGAAAUACUACAUCUUGUGAUGGUUUUUGUCUGAAUGGCGGAACUUGUCAGCUGGAGUUUUUCGGACCGACAUGUUAUUGUAAACCUGGAUUCGUGGGAAUACAUUGUGAACUAGACAUAGGAUGGGCUCCCUGUUCCAAUUACACCUGUCAGAAUAACGGGACGUGCAUCGCACCAGCAGACUUCCCAAUAUGUCUUUGCGCUCCUGGUUUUAGUGGAGAGUACUGUCAGAAUCGAACCAACGGGACAUCAUGUGACCUUACCUGCUACAACGGUGGCACUUGUCAUAAGGGCAUCUUUGGUCCAACGUGUUUCUGUCCACCAGGUUUCUAUGGCUCACAGUGUAAACAUGAUAUGUACCCAGAUCCAUGCCGUGGUGUUACAUGUGAGAAUGGUGGGACGUGCAUUGCUCUCGCAGAUUUCCCAACAUGUCAAUGUUCACCAGGCUUCACUGGAGAGCGGUGUCAGGAAUACAUAAUAUUUGACCCCUGUUUUGAUUGGAACUGCUUUAAUGGUGGAUCUUGCAUCGCAGUCGAUGAUUUACCAAUUUGUAUCUGUGAGAAGGGCUUCUCCGGUGACUUCUGCCAAGAAGCCGAUGAUGCAUGUGCCUCUGGUCCAUGUAUGAACGGAGGACUGUGCAGAGAUUCGAACCCUAACACCUUCCAAUGUUACUGUGCUACUGACUUCUCGGGCCCUCAGUGUGAAAUCGCGGUAGGUCGACCCAAUGACGUCCUCUCCAACACAGCAAAGAUUGCUAUCGGAUCAAGCUCUGGCGUGGUCAUUCUCGUCAUCAUUGUGGUGAUCGUCGCCAUCGCCAUGUUCUGCAAUCGCGCAGGCUUGUCCGGGAAUAUGUUAAAAUCGGGCGUCCCUUCUGAGAGCAAGAAACACCUCAACGAUUCGAUCCCAGAAAAGGUCCCAUAUGAAGAAGAGCGAUACCAGGUGGUAUAGAAACGAAUUGAGUGAGCUGACUAUUGGCAGAAACUAUUACAUCAACAUGAUACCAUUAUAUGUACAUAUAUGAGCGAUGACUGUCAUCCUUCUCAGCUUGAUUCCUUGUCGUCAAAUUUACAAACUUCAGUAAUAUAUUUGUCUUACCUUUAAGUGUAUGGCAGGACCUUCUUGAUAGCAAGAGAGUACAUUUUAUUUCUUUGUACUAUACGAAUAUAAUUGAUUUUGACUUGAUUCUAUCUGUUCUUUUCAAUAUCUUUACCACAUUUGUAUCCUGCUCAUUUCCCAAUGUUUAUUAUGAAUUUUGUAUGAUUUGGUUCCUUCUUAAUCUAAAAUGCAUUUUUUAAUCUCUAAACGUUCUGCAUUCCUACCAUGAUUUUCUUAAUGCUAAAGUGAGAAAUUAUUUAUGAUUUUAAUGAAAUGGAAAUUGAAGGUCAUUAGAAUAGAUGUAAUGCAGAGAAGAAAAUAGACAUUGGAUAGUUUGUUUUCAUGAUUCAAAUAACUUUUUAGUGUUUUAUGGCCCAAUAAUAUGCAAUCCGAUUAUAUAUUCUUUAAUUAUUAAUUAGGCAAUUUUUUCAUUACAAUGUAAUUGAUAAAACUCAUAUGUGGUGCACUCCAUUUACACGUGUAUUAUCCCGGCUUCACUGAAGCGUAACCACCAGUGAGGCACUGCAUCAUGUGUCAGUUUUUUUUUUAUUUAGAUUUUAAUUAUGUUUAGAAAUGCAAUCAUUUUGCUGUACCCAUUACUAGUACUUUUAUUCGUGUUGACUAAAAUAUAAGAGAUCACUGGA